CAGACAUGAGUAAUUUUGUAAAGCCAAAGCCGCAUGCUGUGUUGAUUCCAGCUCCAUUUCAAGGUCAUAUCAAUGCAUUGUUCAAACUAGGAAAGCUUCUUCACCUUAGAGGCUUUCACAUAACCUUCGUGAACACCGAAUACAAUCACAAACGCUUGCUCGAAUCAAGAGAUCCUAAUUCUCUUGAUGGUUUCAAUGACUUUAACUUUGAGACCAUACCAGAUGGUCUAACUCCAAUGGAAGGCAAUGGUGAUGUUACUCAAGACAUAUACCCUCUUGUGCAAUCAAUCAUGACGAACUUCCUUCAGCCCUUUGAUGAACUUCUUACUAGACUUCAUCAAUCUGCCAAUGAUGGUUUGAUCGAUGCUGUUGAAGAACAUGCACUCCCAAUUCUUUUCUUUUCUCCAUGCAAUGCAUCUACCUUCUUGUGUACUUUUCAAUAUCCUAAUCUGAUUCAAAAAGGUCUAGUACCACUCAAAGAUGAGAGUUAUCUAACAAAUGGAUAUUUAGACAAUAAAGUUGGUGGCAGGAUUCCAGGUUUGCAUAACUUUAGGUUGAAGGACCUUCCUGAUUUUACAAGGAUUACAGAUCCUAAUGAUUUGAUGAUAAAAUUUAUUACCGAAGUGGCGGUAAGAUGUCACAGAGCCUCUUCUAUUGUUAUCAAUACUUCAUAUGAACUUGAGAGUGAUGUUAUGAAUGCUCUCUACUCUAUGUUCCCUUCUAUAUACACCAUUGGCCCAUUUGCUUCUUUUUUAAAUCAAAGUCCACAAAAUCACUUGGCAUCUUUAAAUUCCAAUCUUUGGAAAGAAGAUACUAAAUGUCUUGAGUGGCUUGAAUCAAAAGAACCAAGAUCAGUUGUUUAUGUAAAUUUUGGUAGCAUCACAGUUAUGUCACGAGAGAAGCUCUUAGAGUUUGCUUGGGGUUUGGCCAAUAGCAAGAACCCUUUUUUGUGGAUAAUUAGGCCUGAUCUUGUCAUUGGGGGCUCAGUUGUUUUGUCAUCUGAUUUUUUUAAAGAAGUUUCAGAUAGAGGACUAAUAGCAAGUUGGUGUCCACAAGAUAAAGUGUUAAACCACCCUUCGAUUGGUGGAUUCUUGACUCAUUGCGGAUGGAACUCAACCACUGAAAGCAUAUGUGCUGGAGUGCCAAUGUUGUGUUGGCCAUUCUUUGGUGAUCAACCAACAAACUGUAGAUUUAUUUGCUAUGAAUGGGAGAUUGGACUCGAAAUCGAUACAAAUGUGAAGAGAGAUGACGUCGAGAAGUUAGUCAAUGAAUUGAUGGUGGGAGAGAACGGAAAGACGAUGAAGCAAAAGGUCUUGGAGUUCAAGAAGAAGGCAGAAGAGAACACAAGAUCUGGUGGUUUUUCAUACAUGAACUUGGACAAAGUUAUUAAGGAGGUCAUGCUUAAACAAUUCUAGAUUAAAGUCAUUUAUUCUAGGAAUUGUAAAAAAAUAUGAUGCAUUUAGUGUGAGGUGCUAGUUCUAUUUAAAAUGUAAACCAUAUAAGUAUGA